AUGUUGAACAGACUGAUACAGAUCACUUCCAAGUCAAGGUUGAGUGUGCGCGCGGUAAGCCAACUCACGUCCAAGAGGUACAAUCACCAUAGCAGUAACAAUCAUAGCGACCACGGUCACCAUGGAACAGCAGCAGAAGAUAAACCAUUUGAAAUCACCAUUACAAAAAUAUUUGGAAUUGCUGCUUUAGCCGGUGGUUUGUUGAUGUAUAAACGCAAAGAUACUUCCGAAACACCGCUUUUCGAAUCGGGACUUUUCGAACAAGAACAAAAUGGAGAGCGUAGCCACUUGAGAGACAAGAAUUUCGAAAAUAGAUACAAGAUUGGAUUUAUCAAGACAUAUAUCAAUGAUAACGGCGGAGAGUUUGGUGAUCAAAUUUAUAGAAGAAGUAAAGGUGAAGAUGUUCUCAACAAUAACUUGCUUGCCGCAAGCUCACCAUAUGGUAACAGGUUUGGUGCGGGAAUCAAGUUGAACGAGUUGGGUCCAAGAAGGGAGAGGAUACCUCGUUUUGCUCCUCUUACUGAGAAUAAUGAGUAA